CAUGCUGCGGCUGUGAUGCUGUGACGUAGAAUACUAACGCUCACAACAACAAAGGAUGGCUCGGUAAAGUUUACACCACUCAUUUGGGCCCAUUCCGCCGUAUAAUCACGUCGGUAUCCGCAGUUUGCUCCACAAUCAGAGUCGCACUGAACCCAUGCAGCGACCGUGGAGGUGACCGCAUGAAUGAAAAGCCACUGCAGUUAGUUUGAAGCUCAGUUUCACUGUUAUCAAAAUGAUUCGAAUAGCAGCAUUAAAUGCAGCCUCGACAGCGGCUGAUGAGUCACAAGACCCCCAGAGAAGUCGCAAGAGUCAAACGAAGGAGGCGCAGGAAGCCGAAGCGUUUUCUUUGUACCACAAAGCUUUAGAUCUUCAGAAGCACGACAAGUUUGACGAGUCUGCCAAAGCAUAUCAUGAGCUCCUCAAGACACCGUUACUUAAAGAGGCCAAGCCCUCCGAGGACCAGCGGGUGGGGACCAAGCAUCCUGGGCUGAUGCUGAAGUACUCCACCUUUAAAAACCUGGCCAGCCUGACUGCUUUGCGGGACGAUCUGGAGACGGCGAUGGAGUUUUACCUGGAGGCCGUGAUGCUGGACUCCACCGACGUCAACAUGUGGUACAAGAUCGGGCAGGUGGCCGUGCAGCUGGUGCGCAUCCCCCUGGCGCGGCAUGCCUUCGAGGAGGGCCUUCACUGCAACCCCGACCACUGGCCCUGCCUGGACAACCUCAUCACCAUGCUGUACGCGCUCAGCGACUACACCUAUUGUCUGUAUUUCAUCUCCAAAGCGCUGGAGAAGGACCACUGCUACACUAAAGGCUUGGUGCUGAAGGAGAAGAUCUUUGAGGAGCAGCCCUGUCUGAAGAGGGACACCAUGCAGAUGUUCACCAAAUGUGACAUGUCUGUCCACUACGUAUCGGUGGAAGAGGAGGAGAGCCUCUCUCUGGUGCAGGAGGCCCUGGAGCUACGGAAGCGUAGACAGGCCCUGUCCCACCGGGAGCCGCAGCCUGACCUGCUCCUUGUCCAGCCCAUAAACUGCUUCUCGUGGAAGAACCUGGGCGAGUGCCUCCUCGCGAUGUACCGGCACCAGACCACGUGUGAACCGCCACAGCCCAGCCUGGGUCGCCGGGUGGACCUGUCGGAGUACCGCGACCCCGACUGCCUCCAGAAGCGGCCCCGGCCCAGCAGCCCCGUGGCCCCCGGCCUGAGCACCGUGGCCCCCGGCCAGAGCACCGUGGCCCCUGGCCUGAGCACCGUGGCCCCUGGCCUGAGCACCGUGGCCCCUGGCCUGAGCACCGUUCCCAGCAGUCCCAGCUCCUCCCUGCCCCCCGUGGCUCUGCCGGAGACGCUCGCCGCGCCCCAACCGGCCCUGGCCUCGCCGGCGCCGGCCCCUCUGGCCCCUCUGGCCCCGUCGGCCCCGCCCUGCUCGGUGCCGGAGCCGACCCCCAGCCACGCCACUGUGGAGGUCACCACCACCGCCGCCGUGGCCACCACCCCUCCAGCCAUGGAGCCCUCCCUGGCGGACAAGGCGAAGAAACCCCCCAAGAGGAAGCGCACCAUCGAGGACAGCGGCGAGACGGCAAAGCGGCGGUCGGCGCGCGUCCGCAACACCAAGUGCAAGAAGGAGGAGAAGAUCGACUUCCAGGAGCUGCUCUUCAAGUACCUGCCCUCGAGGCUCCGGAAGUUCGACCCCGAGGACGACGACGAGAGCCUGAGCAACAUGGAGACCCAGAGCGACGCGCAGGCCGACGCCCAGCUUCUCCACGGCAACGGCCUGUCAACGGCGGAUCUCAUCGAGUACAUGGAAUCCGAGCAAGAGGACGUCCACAAGUUCCUCCUCUCCAGCAUGAGCAACGGGGGGGUGCUGGACCUGAUGCUGCGCUACCUGAAGGCCGUGGGGCAGAAGUACCUGGAGGCCUGGCCCCGGGGCCUGGCCCCCGUGGUCCUCCAGGUCCACCAGACCUGGCGGAGGCACAGCGGGGGCCUGCCCAACCCGCUGCUCCGGGACUGCAGCAACCAGCACAUCCGGGAAAUGUUGGACAUGAGCUUAGCGGGUAUGGAGCUACAACUGGAGCAAUGGUCCCACACCAAAGGGAAGACCGUGCCUCCACGGUGGAGCGGCACGGGUCCGAACAGCGAGGCGGAAGACGCAGAGUUCCCCGGGCCGUUCUUCCAGAAGGAUCUGUUUGUGCUGGCCCUGGGUGCCUCCCAGUUGGAUCUGUUUGGCGAGGCCUGGCUUGAUGUCAUGGUGCGCGUCCACUGGCUCAAGGCGCGCUUCCUGGCCCUCCAGGGGGACAUGGAACAGGGCCUGGAGAGCUACGACGUGUGUACGAGUCUACUGCAGGGCAAAGCCAUCAGCCCCGAGGGGAGCCACUACACCAUCACCCUGCCCAACCUGCGCUCCGACGCGGUCAUCUCUGUCGAGGAGAUCGAGAAGAGGCUGAAGUCCCUGGAGCGCUGUCAGUCUCUGGAGGAGAUCCAGCGGCUCUUCGAGUCCGGCGACUAUGACUCGGUGGUGCGCCUGCUGCAGCCCACGCUGCAGUACGGCAGCCGCGGGAAGACCCUGGAGCUGGUCACCUCCGCCCCGGAGAGGCCUGUGCAGCUGCUGCUGCUGAAGGACUCCCUGCUGAAGAGCCGAGACUUCCAGCAGUGUCUGCUGUGCGCGGAGCUGUCCCUCAGCGAGGCCCUGCAGCAGCUGGCGGCCGCCGACGCCUCGCCGUCCGCCAGGGAGGAGUGGCUGGCCGUCAUCACCCAGCUGCUGGCCGCCAUCGAGGUCUGCUUCGCCGAGGACGGCGCGCUGCUCGCCAACGUGCCGCGCUCCUCCAGCAUGGCGCGCCUCGCCAACAACCUCAUCCAGCUCAUCGACCUCAGCAUGAACAUCCCAGAGGACCCCAAGGAGCCCUUCUUCUCCUCUGUGUUGCCCUGGAUCCUCCUGCACCACCUCAUCAAGCACGAGGAGGCCGCCUUCCACUGCAUGCUGAGGAAGCACGUCCCCCUGGGGGACGAGGAAGACGAGUCGGACACGCCCAUGCUGCCGUCGUCUCUGAUGCUGCUGAGCACGGCGCACGAGUACCUGGGGCGCCGCUCCGGCUGCUGCACCUCGGACGGCGCGCUGCUCAAGUUCUUUGUCAGCGUUCUGGAGAAGGAGCUUGUGGCCUCGUCGAAGGACGACUCCCAUCCCUACAAAGAGGAGCUGGAGAUGGCCUUGGAGCAGUGCUUCUUCUGUCUCUAUGGUUACCCCAGCAAGAAGAGCAAGGCUCGCUACCUGGAGGACCACUCCUCUCCACAGGUGGAGCUGCUCUGGAGCAACGCCCUCUUCAUGUUCCAGUACUUCAAGCCCAAGACGCUGCCCGAGUUCGACAGCUACAAGACCAGCACGGUGUCGGCCGAACUGGCCAACCUGCUGCGCCGCUUCUCCGGCAUCGCGCCGCCCAGCGACACGCCCACCCUCACCAUGGACGAGGUGGCGGCCUACAUCGAGGGCACCGCCACCAAGGCGCCGUGUCUUCCUGAGGGCGGGGCCCCGGCGCCUCCCAUCGUCAACGAGAUCUUCUACCUGCUGGCCGACUACCACUUCAAGAACAAGGAGCAGUCCAAGGCCAUCAAGUUCUACAUGCAUGACAUCUGCGUGUGUCCCGACAGGUUCGACUCGUGGGCGGGCAUGGCUCUGGCGCGGGCCAGCCGCAUCCAGGAGAAGCUGAACUCCAACGAGCUGAAGAGCGACGGCCCCGUGUGGAAGCACGCCCAGGCCGUGCUGGGCUGCUUCCGGCGGGCCCUGGAGAUCGACGUGUCCAACCUGUCGCUGUGGAUCGAGUACGGCACCAUCUCCUACGCCCUGCACUCCUUCGCCUCGCGCCAGCUCAAGCAGUGGCGCACGGAGCUGCCCCAGGAGGUGGUGACGCAGAUGGAGGACCGGAGGGACUCCAUGCUGGCGACGGCCUUCCAGUGUUUCCAGGGGGCGUCUCGGUGCGACGGGGACAGCGACGAGGAGGAGUGGCUGAUCCACUACAUGCUGGGCAAGAUGGCGGAGAAACGCAAGCAGCCCCCCAAAGAGUACCUGCAGCUCUACAAGAAGGCGGCGCACUAUUUGCACGAGGAGGCCGCGAGGUACCCACGCAAAAUCCACUACCACAACCCCCCUGAUCUGGCAAUGGAGGCCCUGGAGUUGUACUUCCGUAUGAGCGCCACCAUCCUGAAGCUGCUGGAGGCCGGCGGCACAGACCCGGACCACCAGCUGUUCUUCAGCGUGCUGGUGGAGGGGGCCAUGGGGCCCUUCGCCAGGGGCGAGGAGAAGAGCAUGCCCAGCAUGCCCAGGACCAAUGAGAAGGAGAAGCCCCUCUCCGUCAUGGACGAGGACUCCCGCUGUUCGUCGACGAUGGGCGCCGGGGCCCCCACCAGCGCCCCCGGCGCGCCGCCCGUACCCUCGCACGUUGCCACCCCAGGUCUGACAUCACCGCCUUACACGGCCACACCGGUGGACCACGAUUACGCCAAGCGUAAGAGUGUCCGGCGGCAGCAGCAGGGGGUGGAGGAGCGGCGGCAGCAGCGGCAGCGGCAGGAGGAGCAGCAGCAGGAGGAGCAGCAGCAGGAGGAGCAGCAGGGGCUGGAGCAGGAGCAGCGGCGGCAGCAGGCUGAUGCCUCCUCUGACCAUGAUUACUGCCUGCCCAGAUCUUCAAUGAUGCUGGCUUCCCUGAAUGAGCGCAGCCACGACAGCGAGCUGGUGCUGGUGCUGUCCGACUCCAACUCCACCCAGGACAUCUUCACCGACCCCGCCUCCUCCCAGGACAGCAGCCUGAAGAUGACCUCUGGGAAGGUCAGCUCCUCCUCGUCGGAGAACAACACGCCCCUGAAGGAGACGAGGGCCACACCGGAGGACCCGGCCCCCCACGGAGAGAAGGGCCCGUUGGAAGGACCUCCGGGGGUCCUGCAGGAGACCCCCGUCCCCCAGGGCGUGGCGGACCCCGUGUGCGGCCCCCCGCCUGCUGCCGACACCCCGCCCCCCGGAGCCCCCGGACCCUCGGACCCCCCAGGGGCCCCAGCCGCCGUACCCCCCCACACGGAGCCCUGCCCCCAGCCCCCGCCUGCGGCCGUCGCCGUCACCCCUCCCAAGCCGGCCCUCCCCCAGCCGGCCGCCCCCCAGACCCCGGCCAGCGACAGCAAGAAGAAGCCGGACCCCCCUCCCCUGGAGGCGGUGGAGGUCCCCAAGGCCCUGCCGGCCGAGCCGGAGGAGCAGCGCCGCCUGCUGGUGGAGCUGUGCGUGCGCGCCCUCUUCCUCUGCCUGGGCCGCUUCCCGCAGCACUACAAGAGCCUGUACCGCCUGGCCUUCUUCUACUCCAACAGCAAGACCCAGCAGAACCUACAGUGGGCCCGAGAUGUGUUGCUAGGAAGCGGUGUCCCAUGGCAACAGCUCAAGCACAUGCCAGCACAAGGACUUUUCUGCGAGAGAAACAAGACCAACCUGUUCAAUGGCAUCUGGCGUAUCCCGGUGGAUGAGAUUGACCGGCCGGGCAGUUUUGCGUCUCAUAUGAACCGCUCCAUCGUCCUCUUGCUGGAGGUGCUGUCUCAGCUCAAGGACCACGACACGCUCCUCAAGGUGUCCUUCAUGCUCCAGAGGAACCCCGACCAGGGAAAGAAAUAUUUGCGAGAUGUGGAUCGGCAGGUUUUGGCCAAGAGUGCAUUUUUCCUCACUGUAAAGGUGCUGGAGGACAGCCUGGACAGCCUCACCGGGGUGACCGAGCAGCCGUCCAAUCCGUCCGCCCCCUCCAUGGGCGAGAUGACCACGGCAGACUCCGCCCUCCGGCCCAGCGCCGAGGACGGCCAACACACGCUGCCCAAGAAGCCCGGCCUCACCGAGGGCCCCUCCGACACGCGGCCCUGCGAGGCCCCCGGCCGGGCCCAGCUCGGGGCACUCCAGCCGGGCCCGGAAACCCCGGACAAGGCCCUGGAACCCAAGCCCGCGACGGCGGAGACCGCGCCCUCGUCCGAAGGCCCCGGGCCCCAGGGGCCGGAGGAGCCCAUGGAGAUGGACCCUGGCCACUGGAGGAGGCCCUCGGCUCUCACGGAGACGCAGGGCCACCCGCCGGGUCCCCGGGCCCCCGGGGCUGCGGCGGAGCCCGGGGAGAAGGCGACGGACGCCAGCCGGACGGCGGACCUCUCCCUGGAGGAGCUGAGCAUCAGCUGCAGGCAGCAGCUGCUCAAGGCCCCGGGGCCCGUGGCCUUGGCCCACGGAGGGCCCCUGGAGCAGGGUCUGCUGCGGAGGCCCAACAGGAAGAGGAAGCUCCUGGAAGACGUGGAGUCUGGUAAAACACUGCUGCUGGACGCCUACAGGGUGUGGCAGCAGGGCCAGAAGGUGAUGACCUACGACCUGGCGCGCAUCGAGAAGAUCAUGUCGGAGACGUACAUGCUCAUCAAACAGGUGGAUGAGGACGUAGCCUUGGACCAAGCUGUCAAGUUCUGCCAGUUUCAGUUGGCCACAUCUGCCCAGAGACAGUCUGCCUACGACGCCCCGACCACGCCCAAGUUCGCCAAGGACCACCGGGACCUCUUCUUCCCCGGGGCCCUGUCCUCGCCGCUCCCCCUGGGCCACGGGGGCGUCCUACCACCCCCUGGCGUCCAGGAGCUCCAGGCCAGGGCUCUGUACGAGCCCCCGGGCAAGGUGGCCCGGCCCCUGGCCCGCGGCUACCAGGACCAGCCUCUGCCCCGGAGGCCCCCCACCCACCAGGCGACGGCAGCAGCCAUGGCCUUCCUGCCCCACACAGGUACCCCCAAAAGGCCUUCCUGCCCCACACAGGUACCCCCUAAAAGCCUUCCUUCCCCCUCACAGGUACCCCCUAAAGGCCUUCCUUCCCCCUCACAGGUACCCCCCAAAGGCCUUCCUGCCCCUCACAGGUACCCCCUAAAGGCCUUCCUGCCCCUCACAGGUACCCCCUAA